GCUGACCGGCAGAUUAGCCCGGCUCAACACGCGCUCCAGUCAUUGUAACAACCCGUUUCAUUCUAAACGGAGGAGGCUCCUGCUCCAACAGCCACCGGCUCUUUUCCCCGUCUUCUUUCUCCGGGAUCUAAGCGGCUCGGUUCUCGUGUCCUGUGCGGCUCUUCAGUCCCUGCGGAAUGCCUAGAGAGCUGACCCAGAACAGGAUCCAAAAGAUUUGGAUUCCCACCAAGGAUGACAAGCCGGCCCCCCGGAGAGUGGUUGGUGCCCCCCACUUUGCCAACCCCCCCACCGUCAUCGUGAUGGUGGGUCUUCCGGCUCGAGGCAAGACGUACAUUUCCAAGAAACUCACCCGAUACCUCAACUGGAUUGGCAUGCCCACCAAAGUCUUCAAUGUGGGAGAGUACCGCAGGGAGGCGGUCAAGAACUACAGCUCCUAUGACUUCUUCAAGCCUGAUAAUGAGUGUGCCGUGAAAAUCAGGCAGCAGUGUGCAUUAGCAGCCUUGAGGGAUGUCAAGUCCUAUUUGAAGGAUGAGGGAGGCCACGUAGCGGUCUUCGAUGCCACAAACACCACAAGAGAAAGGCGAGAGAUGAUCCUCAAGUUUGGCAGUGAGAACGGCUUCAAGAUCUUUUUCAUCGAGUCCGUGUGCGACGAUCCCAGCGUCAUUGCGUCGAACAUCAUGGAAGUGAAGGUGUCGUGUCCAGACUACCGGGACUGCAACAAGACUGACGCCAUGUUGGAUUUCCAGAGGAGAAUUGAAUGCUACAAAACCAGCUACCAACCUCUGGACCCUGAUCAGCACGACAGGGAUCUCUCCUUCAUCAAGGUGAUAGACGUGGGUCGGCGUUUCCUCGUCAACCGGAUCCAGGAUCACAUCCAGAGUAAGAUCGUCUACUACCUGAUGAACAUCCACGUCCAGCCCCGAACCAUCUACCUGUGUCGGCACGGAGAGAGCACAGACAACCUAGAGGGACGGCUGGGCGGUGACGCAGGCCUCUCGCCGCGGGGCAGACAGUUUUCGGCUGCCCUGGCUAAGUUUGUGGAGGAGCAGCAGCUGAAGGAUCUGAAGGUUUGGACCAGCCAGCUGUGUCGCAGCAUCCAGACCUCUGAGCACCUGGGAGUCCCGUACGAACAGUGGAAGGCUCUCAACGAGAUAGACGCUGGAGUGUGUGAAGAGAUGACGUAUGACGAGGUGAAGGAGAAAUUCCCGGAGGAGUUUGCUUUGAGAGAUGAAGAUAAAUUCUACUAUCGCUACCCUGCUGGAGAGUCCUACCAGGACCUGGUCCAGCGGGUGGAGCCGGUCAUCAUGGAGCUUGAGAGGCAAGAGAACGUCCUGGUUAUCAGCCACCAGGCCGUCAUGCGCUGCCUGCUAGCCUACUUCUUGGAUAAGAGUGCAGAUGAGAUGCCCUACCUGAAGUGUCCCCUCCACACAGUGCUGAAGCUCACCCCGGUCGCCUAUGGGUGCAAAGUGGAGUCCAUCUCUCUGAAUGUGGAGGCGGUGAACACCCACAGAGAAAGACCGGAGGAGGUGAAGAGGGGCCCUGGCACCUUGAUCAGGAGGAACAGUGUGACUCCUCUGACCAGCCCGGAGUCAAACAUCAAGAAACCUCGCAUCGAUGACCUAGACGAGGCGCCGAUCCAGGAGCUGCCUCCAUCUGUUGCCUCACUGGCACUCUGCAGCCCCUCACACCUCCCUCUCGCCCUGGCUGGACAGCACUGGCUGGGCAAAGUUUGCCUAACCUGAGGAGAAACUCGUCUGGCCGCCGUGACGUCCUGCAGCCCUGCCAGUGAAAUGACACCGAUGUGUCACGUGGUUCAAGAGGACAGAAAGUGGAUCGCUGACAAAGACUCACUGAAGACUGAAGGCAAAUGCAAUUUGUCAGUUACUGAACCUUUCAUUCUUCAAAAAGGACCAUGGUUAUUUAACUGCUGUCCUAUCAGAUAUUUAUGUUCAAAGAUACUGUAUGUGAUUUCAAAGCAAGACUCUUAAAUUCUCCCUUUCUUGCUAUUGUCAGACAUUUUUCUUUCUCUCUGAGACUGAUAAAUCUGAGUUUUCUGGGAAACUUUUAACCAUGUCACGUGUAUAAUUCAUUCAGACUAAAAGAGGCAAACUGAUUCAUUUAAAUCAACAGUCACUGUUACUUCUCACAGUUCAGAUGGAUGGCUCUCUGGCAAAACCAGUGUCUUCGGGUUUAUUAUUUUGGAGAGACGAAAGACCAGAUGCCCAGAUAAAACUCCCAGUUCAUCCCUUUUUUUCAACUUAUGGCUGUACUUUUAAUUUAUAAAAGGAUAUAGUAUUUCUUUGGCACUUCUUUGGAAGCAUUUUCAUGUACAUGUUUUUCCAAAAUUUGUGCAAAAGAAGAGCCUCAUGAGUCAACUGACUCCUUUUGUAUGCUGACACGCUUCAAAAUAAGCGAUUAUUUUGCACAGUGGGCAUAAGUUUUUACGUUUGUUUGGUUUUUGUGUCACUGUUUUUAUGUCAUGUUACUUCACAGUAAUGGAGGUGAUUUUUGCCGUAGAGUGCCUGUAGUGCUUGUUUUGCAAGCCUGACGCCGCUUCUCUUGCUAUUUCUCUGGGAUUGAUUGCUCGAGGAGAGGAUCACAUUUCACCUCAUAACUUCACAUAUCAUUUCCAUGUUUUAUUUUUCACAGUUUGAAUAUUUAUUUUUUUAGUUUCAACGCUACAAUACAUGCUGAUCAUUUAACAGAGUUCCCUCCACUGAUGGGGAAACUUAAUUUUCAAGUUUAUUUUCCUUUUAUUUCCUUUUGCUGUCAUUGUCUGCUACGCACAAAUGUAAGCACCUAUAUUUUUGUUAUAACAAUGCGUGCUGUUAAUAUCUUUGUAAAUGUUAGUGUACAUACAGUAUAACUGGAGAUGGAUGGGACUUGGAACUCUUUUAAUGAAAAUGUGUGUUUUUGUACUAAUGUGUAGGGACUGAAUGGAAAAGAAUGGAAUCUGUUGAGAAAGAAGCUGCCGCUUACAGCUUCUCAGUAAAACUUUUGUUAAUAUGUUUGCUUGAGAUACUUGAAAUUUGUCUUUUGUAAAAACUUUUAUUAUAUUCUUUAUUUAUUUUUAUGUAGUUUUGGAUGACUGCUUGGACCGACCUUGUUUUAAUCUGAGGACUAUGCAUGAGAGGACAGCAUGUUGUACAGUUGAUUUUGCAUCUGCUGGACCAAUAAAUUAACUACAGGAAAAUA